AUGGGAUACCCAGAUAGCUUCGAAGGGUUCAUGAUCGAGGAUCAAAGCAAAUGGACUGAAUUCAAGAAGAGAUCGUUCAAACCCAAGCAGUUCGGAGAUCAUGAUGUUGAUAUCAAGAUCGAGUGCUGUGGUGUCUGCGGGUCAGACGUACACAAGAUCAAUGGUGGUUGGGGUGAAGCUCCUCUACCCCUCUGUGUUGGCCAUGAGGUUGUUGGUCACGCCGUGAAGGUUGGCUCUGGCGUCAAGACAGUAAAAGUGGGAGAUCGCGUGGGUGUGGGUGCUCAGAUCUGGGCUUGUCUCAAAUGCCCUCAAUGCAAGAGCGACAACGAGAAUUAUUGCCCACACCAAGUCGACACAUACGGAGCCCCCUAUCCGAAAGAAGCCGAUCCAGAUGAGACAAUCAGCCAAGGUGGAUAUGCUUCUCACAUUCGGGCCCACGAAUACUUCACCUUCCCUAUUCCCGACGAGAUUCCCUCCCCCCUCGCUGCGCCGAUGCUGUGCGCCGGUUUAACUGUCUGGUCUCCUCUGGUACGAGCAGGAAUUGGGCCAGGAAAGAAGGUGGCCGUCGUUGGCUUGGGUGGGUUGGGACAUUUUGCCGUCAUCUGGGCCAAUGCGCUCGGUGCAGAGGUGACGGUGAUUUCUCACUCGCCGCGCAAGAAGGAUGACGCUCUGAGGCUGGGUGCGAAAGAGUUUGUGACAAACAACGAACAAGGGUGGUCCAAGAAUUAUGAAUUUGCAUUUGAUUUCGUCCUCAACACUGCCGACAUGACCCACACGUUUGACGUUUCUGAAUACCUUUCGUUGUGUAAAGUCAACGCCACAUUCCACCAAGUCGGUCUACCGGACGAGGCGUUGCCACCUAUAAAAGCCCAGGCGUUUAUGAGCAAUGGCAGCUCCAUCGGUGCGAGUCACAUCGGGAGCAGACCUGAAUGUUUGGCCAUGUUGAAGCUGGCGGCCGAGAAGAAACUUUUCCCGAUGGUGGAGACCGUCCCCAUCUCAGAAGCAGGAUGCAAAGAAGCGGUAACUCGAGUGAAGGACAACAAGAUUCGAUAUCGAUUCACCUUGACGGAUUACGACAAGGCUUUUGGACCUCGUAAUUGA